AUGGCUCGACCUGGGCCAACGAAACGCCCGAGGCCGACUGUCGAGCCUGAUGCUCAGACGGAGCCAGACGAAGAGGAUUCGUGCGAAGCCGAGGGCCCAGAAGACGACGAAAUUGGCGAUUUAAGCAAUGCCGUCUGGGCAAUCAUCGGUAAGCUCGAGUGGCUCACGCGAGCACAAGUAGAGAAAGCCGUCAGCUUUGCCAAUGCUACGCUCGAAGCGAACAUUUCGUCUCUGACGAGUCAUGUCUUGCUCAGUCGACGUGCAUCUUCACGUGAGCUCGACCUACUCCGGCGCUCAUUCGCCGAAUUCACGUUUUCGGAAGACGAGUUCUGCGCUCUCUUUGCCAUCACGCAAGAUGUUCAUGGCGCGAGGCGAUCACAGUCCCCCGAAGUCAUACCCGUUGAUCCUGCCUUGUCGACCGUAGGACAGUCCGACAAGCACCAAGGGUCACACUCGCCCGUGAACGCGCCAGCCUCACCCUUCGAGGAUUUGGCAUCACCUGAAGAUGCGCUACAAGCGCCGUCGAGUGCGCUCGAGCGCGUCGUGCGCACAUCAAGCAAUGGCCAUCAGCUCGUCCGAUUGCUCCAAGACUCGCCUGGAUUGCAACAUCUGCUCGAUAUCGAGUUCGAGCGGCAAGAAAGUGUUCACAAGACUGCGUUAGCGGAACUAUCGGCGCAGUUCGAGGCAAAGCAGACCGAGCUGCAGCAAAUGGUCGCACAACUCGUUCAGCACAUCGCAGACCAUUCUACGGUGCCCUACACGCCGCCGCACAUCCCCGGUCGGGAAUCACUAGACGGCAUGCUGACGAACACGCACAACAAGCUCAAGAGCAAGCUCUACGCCAAAGUAAAACUCGACCCUGCUGCUGCCGCCAUGCGCAUGCUCCCUGCACCUGUCGAAGAUGAUGCAAGCGACGAGAAGAAAGCGUACCAGCAAAAGGUCAAAGAUGCCGUGCUCGGACGGUACGGUUGCAAACUGCUUGGUGUUCCGCUCUUGUGGUCAGACGAAGUUCUAGGCGGCUGCUGGAUUCCGCGCUAUGAGUUUCAGCCGGUCCAGACGAUCAGAGAUGUCUGGGAGGAGCAUCACAAUGGGCUGAAUGGCCUGAUAUCGAUCAGAGAGCUCGAAAGAGAUUGGAAGUCGCAUUGGAAGUUCAACGAGGGGCGGAUGAAGACGGAGCAUUCUCGCAGGCGCCAUAUAGUGAAUUAUAUGACCAAGUCUCUAGCGGCCGGGGUGCCGAUGGAGGAAGCCCUUUCGACGCUCGAGGCUGAUUUCCCACCGGGCACCUCACUCAGGACGGUCUACGAUACGCUGAAGCAGCGCAAAUUCUCUGCACUGCCCACGCAAGUCAAUCCGCUUCGACCGGCCAAGUCAGAUGAGUCAUAG